AAGAGGUCGGUGACACGCGCUCCUGUGUUGAUGUGCGAGUUUGAAUACCUGCGGAAAACAGACCCGACGUCCUGUGUUGAAGCUCCUCAGUCCUGUGUGUCCCCCUGACACAGAGAGGAUGGUGAUGGAGGAGGGGGGUCCAGGAGACAGAGGGAGGGGGGGUCCGGUGACGGCGGGAGCGGAGGGACGGCAGAUCUUCGUGGAGCUCGGGGAGCAGAACCUCGACGGCAUUUGUCUUUCUACAUAUCGAACAUCCUGCAAGCUCCGGUUUGUACAGAAGAGAUGCAACCUGCAUCUGAUCGACAUCUACAACGUGAUCGAGGCGGUGCGGGACGCAGGUCUGAACGCCGUCGAGCUGAACGCCGGCAUCUCCGUGACCCGACUGGAGAACCUGGUGUCGUCCCUGUUCAACCAGCUCAGCAAGCGGCUGCCCACCACGCACACCAUCGACCCGCAGGAGAGCACCGCCCUGUUCGUGGACUUCCUACUGGCUGCCGUGGACAGUGAACCAGAAAGCCGACUGACGGUGCUGUCGGUGAAGGCGAUGCUGGCGAUGCUGUGUGGAGGGAAACUGGUGGAUAAACUCCGCUAUGUGUUUUCUCAGAUAUCUGACUCCGGGGGUGUGAUGGUUCUGUCCAAAUUCGAUGGUUUCCUGAGGGAAGCUCUGAAGUUGCCCAGCGUUGUUCACGAAGCGCCGUCCUUCGGCUACACACACACAACAGCACGCUCGUGCUUCCCACAGCAGAAGAGGGUGAUGCUCAACAUGUUCCUGGACAUUGUUACCGAGCCUCCUCAAUGUCUCGUUUGGCUGCCUCUCAUGCACCGUCUUGCCAAUGUGGAACAUGUCUAUCAUCCCGUGUCGUGCUCCUUCUGUCGUGGCGACGGCAUGACGGGCUUCCGCUACCGCUGCCUCCGUUGCCGCGGUUACCAGCUCUGUCAGAACUGCUUCUGGCGCGGCAACGUGAGCGGCUCACACAGCAGCCAGCAUCAGAUGAAGGAGCACUCGUCCUGGAAGUCCCCAGCGACUAAGCUUGGUCGAGCCCUGAGCAGGACUCUGGGCUGCGUGUCGUCGAGAGACCCCCCCCACCCGAUCUAUCCAGAGGAACCUGAGAGGACGCUGAACCUCGCCAACAUCGUCCCCUCCCGGCCUGUUGGAAACACCAAUGAGGCCAUGAUGCUGUCCUCGUCGUCACCGGGCUCCACCAAACGUCUGGCGGCGGCUCAGCGCAUGAACGAGGAACACGCUCUGAUCGCCGCCUACGUGAAUCGUCUCCAGAGCAGCCCACGUAGUGUGGACUGUCCCAGCAGACAGGAUGAGGAGCACAAGCUGAUCGCCCGCUACACCUCCCGCCUGGCGGAGUCUGGAGGUUCAGGAGUGAUACCGAACCGGAGCAUCAACUUUGACGUGAACAAGCAGAAGAGGGAGCUCAUCGCUCAGCUGGAGAGUAAAAACAGAGAGAUCCUGGCAGAGAUCAAACAUCUCCGCACCGAGCACGACGCCGCCUGCCGACUCAGCCCGGAGCGGGGGGGCAGCACCAACCCCACCCUAUUGGCCGAGCUGCGCCUGCUCAGACAGAGGAAAGACGAGCUGGAGCAGAGGAUGUCGUCUCUCCAAGAGAGCAGGAGGGAGCUGAUGGUGCAGCUGGAGGGACUGAUGAAGCUGCUCAAGGCGCAGGCCGCUGGCUCUUCUCACGCGUCUCCUUCCCGGCCGAGUCCAUCAGCCGCUCGCUCUGUAGGUGCCGCGUCUCCGCAGGCUCACAUGUACCCCCCCCAGGACUCCCUCGCCGGGGUGGGGGGGGACGUACAAGAGGCCUUUGCUCAAGGCUCCAGAAGGAACCUGAGAAACGACCUUCUGGUGGCAGCUGACUCCAUCACCAACACUGUGUCCUCCCUGGUCAAAGAGCUGCACUCGGAUGAUGGUCGGGAGGAAGAGGAGCGGCUGCUGAACGGGAAGGACAGAGCAGGUUAAAAUCAUUGGAGGAACAACUAAAGCAGUGCGAGGUUUCAUCCUUCAGACCCUGCAGUGAUUCAAGCGGAUCUUCUUGGAACCCUCGUUAGCCAAUGAGGAUGAGCACUCCACUGCCGAUCAACCAAUCACGAUGCUGGACACCAAAUGACCCCCACAGCGGGGGGGGGGGGGUCCCUACUGAUGUAUAGCUGUGAUUCUGUGUGUGUCUGGUCACUGUGGUUUUACGUUAGUCUUUUGAUUUGAUCGUGUGUAGCUAAACGAGCAGACGGAUGCCUGCUGAUUUGUACUGUAGCAUGUGUGUGUGUGUGUGUGUGUGUGUGUGUGUGUGAGUGUGUGCGUUUUUCCCCCGAGUUGCGAGAUGGUCGAGCAAGUGAGAGAGAGAGAGACCCUGAGGAGACUGAUGAGGUGCGUUCAGGACAUUUGUGAAGGAUUAGUUUUUGUUUUAAAAGGAGGAAAGUUUCCGGACCAGGAAGGAGGAAGUGUACGUAACCACGUGAGAGGAGGAGCAUAGGAAAGUAAAAAAAGAGAGAGACAGGAAGUGAGAUGUAACGUUUUAAGUUUCAGCACUGUGUGCUUAGUAUUUAUUGCUUUGAUUUGAUGUUUGACAUUUAUUCAUUCGGUUGAGUGCUUCUGUGUUCGCCAGUGUGGUCGGGCCCUGCUGUAAGCUUUAAUGUUUCCUGCUGCAUUGAGGCCGGCGAGGCGCCCCCCCCCCCUCGUCUGGUCGAAGCGAUGCAGAGUUGAAGAGUUGAAGAGUCGGUGCAGAUCUGAAACCUGGACCCGAUUAGAGCCGUGGUGCUGGAAGCAGCUCAGGUCGUCCAGGCCUCUCUGUGGAUCCCACUCCUGCAGCGGGACCACGGUUAGAGAGGUCAUAUCUGAUUACUGUGUGUGAGAGCAAGUGUGUGUGUCUGUGUGUGUCUGUGUGUGUGUGUGUUGAACAGGGAAGGGGCAGCAGUAGAGCAGCAAAGUGGGAGGUGAAGAUUCGUAAAUCCUUAAUGCCCAUUUGAAAAGUUUUCUUUUAAAGGAUCAGUUCAAGAAGAGAAAUAAAAAAUAAUCUGUGGUUUUAAUUUGUGAAAUAUUGGAUAACCAGCCAACAACAGUCCGACAGCUUUAAUAGAAUUAAUAUAUAAUAGAAAAAAGCAAGUCGUCUGAUCAUCUGAAUUAUGAUUUGUCAUAAUAUAUAAAGAAAUUGAAACAUAAAUCCUGGUUCCCCCUUUAAUCCACAUCUGCACCAACAUGUAAGACGUUCUCCCUCCAAGUUUAAAAGUAGUUUCCUGUAUUGAUCCUGCCAACAAAUUAAAAAAAACAAUAAGCACAUUCUGGAGCUAAUUAUUUAAAAAUGUGUAAUAUUUGAUUAAAUUUGAUCUUAACUCCUUAUUUAUUAUAUUUUGAUAGAGUUAGAAAUCAAUUAACAUUUUUAAAAAAUACCCAAUUAAUUUCUUGCAACAACGGACGAAGAAAAUAAUCAGAAAUAAUUUUUGAAAUUACAGAAUUUUGUCCAUUCAAGUCCUGAAACUGUUAAAUAAAACACAAAAUGAACUCCUCACACUUUGCUCCUCUUUGCUGCUUUUGAAUCUCCCUGUAAAAUGCCUCUGGUUGUGGAAGUUGAACUUUACUCCGCCCCCCCGGCACCUCAAAACUCUUCAGCCCAACGUUUUUAUGCAAAUCCAACCGGAGCCAAAGCGACUCACUGAGCUCGAGUCACAUCAGGUGGAUCUGAUCUUCAUGUACCAGCCGUGAGAUGUCUUUUUUAAUUUUAAUUCACAGGAAGCUGUACUUUGCUGUAAUGUACAUUUCUCCACUCCACUUUGUUCGACUGAUUACUUGCGGCUGGGAUUAUCACGUUCUGAGUCCGCAGCGAUGAUUGACUGACAGUGCCAGUGUUUUAAUAAACGAAUGAACUCAUGUUUCAACGUGUGUGUGUGUGUGUGUGAAAAAGGGAGAGUGAGAGAAAUCAAGACUGACAGGAAAGACUCGUCCAGACAUGAAACUCCUUCAGCUCUGAACCUGCCGGAGCUGAGGCGGGCGAGUGAAACGUGUGGAUCAUCUGCAAUAAAUGAUAUUUAACAUCAAA